GGGACAAUAUGGGGAUAUUUCAUCAUGGCGGCAAUGUAAUGUAAGGGAAUCUAAGGUGUAGUAUUGCUUUAGCUCCUGUUGACUUAUUCCGUUUUCUGCUCUUUUAAAUCCCUAAGCUGCAUCGCUUCCAAUUUCCCUGGUAACAGGUCAGGAUAUCUCACUCCGCCUUCUGUUUCUCCAGAACUGGGCUUGUGCUUUCGUUCCUGUCUCUUUUGUCCUUUCCUCCCUUGUCAUAAAGCUGUCUUUUAAUAGCACCCGAAUUCUAGCUAUACAGAAUAUCUUGCUACAUCCCCCCACACCCCCGCUUUUCUUCCAAAGUGCUCAGGGUUGCCUGCGUGGUUCUCCCCUCUUCUGUUUGUAUCUUCAUGACAACCCCACGAAGCCGGCUAAACUCAGACAGAAAGAGCGGCUGGACCAAGACUAACUUGUGAACGUCACAGAUUUUUUGCUCCUUUUAACUUAACAAAUCAAAGAUGGGAGUUCAAGGACUUUGGAAACUGCUGGAGAGUACGGGACGACCAAUCAACCCAGAAACACUGGAAGGAAAAAUUCUUGCUGUUGAUAUAAGCAUUUGGUUAAACCAAGCUAUUAAAGGAGUGCGGGACCGCCAUGGAAAUUCUAUCCACAACGCCCAUCUACUGACUCUGUUUCAUCGACUUUGCAAAUUGCUGUUUUUCCGAAUUCGGCCUGUCUUUGUUUUUGAUGGAGAAGCCCCGCUUUUGAAGAGACAAACUUUGGCUAAGCGCAGACAACGGAAAGAAGGAGCAGCCUCUGACUCCAAGAAAACUACGGAGAAGCUGUUGAAAACUUUCCUAAAAAGACAAGUUAUUAAAACAGCUUUAGCAGGCAAGAGCAAUGAUCAGUUCCCCAGUAUUUCAGACGUAAGAAGAGAAGAGGUGGAUGAUAUCUAUGCGUUACCUUCUUUACAAGAAGAAGAAAAAAAUAGCUCUGAAGAGGAAGAGGAGAAAAACUGGCAGGAGAGGAUGACCCAGAAACAGAUACUGCAAGAAGAAUUCUUUGAAAACCCUUCUUCUGUUGAUGUUGAAUCAGAAGAUUUCCAGACCCUGCCCCCUGAAGUAAAGCAUGAGAUCCUUACUGACAUGAAAAGUUUCACAAAAAGAAGACGAACACUUUAUGAGGCAAUGCCUGAGGAGUCCAAUGACUUCUCUCAGUAUCAGCUCAAAGGACUGCUUAAAAAAAGCAGCCUGAAUCGACAAAUAGAACAUGUGGAAAAGGAGAUGAACCAGCAAUACAGCGGCCAAAUCCAGAGCCAAUACGAGAACGAGGGGGGUUUCUUGAAUGAAGUCGAAAGCAGGAGGGUUGUGUCUGAGGACACUUCUCACUACAUCCUGAUAAAAGGUAUCCAGUCCAAAGGAGGUACCACCAGAGAUCCAGCAACCGUUUCUGCUGCCCAUCCUUCCACAAGGCCUCAAGAUUCUCAGCAAAGUACUAAGAACAACAAGGCUUCAGUCAACCUAACACCACCUCCGCAUGAAUUCUCAAAGGCUGAAUUGACUGACAGUAUCUCCCCUGCUCCUCCUUCCCCCAGAACCAUGCUAGCAAUCCAGGCUGCCAUGCUGGGAAGCAGUUCAGAAGAGGAGCUGGAAGAUGAAGAGAGGCAUCAGCUUGAGUUGGAUAAAAUGAGAACUGGCCCUGAUGCGGACGCAGGUAACGUGUCACCAAGGACACUGCGGGCUAUUGAGGAAGCUUUGUAUGAGGAAGCGGAGAAAGAGGAGGUCAAAGCAGCUCAAUUCAGGAAUACCGCUGGAAGUGAAGCAGGUCGAGUUCUUGUGAACAAACUUCUUCCCAGUAGUUCAGAUGAGGAGGACCAGAAACCUGAAGACCCAAGUGGAAAAGAACUUCCAGUUCUACUUGCUAGAGAAACAGAAAAUGAAAUCUUCAACCCAAAGAGUGAACUGGACAAAGUGAACAAGCCCAGUAGUUCAGAUGAGGAGGACCAGAAACCUGAAGACCCAAGUGGAAAAGAACUUCCAGUUCUUCCUGCUAGGGAAGCAGAAAAUGAAAUCCUUAACCCAAUGAGUGAACUGGAUAAAGAGAAGUACAUGUCGGAAACAGAUGUGAGUGUCCAUGAAGAGAUAUACAUCCCUUCUGCGGACAAAGCACGCUCUUCUGAUUUAGGUAAAAAAGAAAGAGAGAAGGAAAAACAGACUUCUGAAGUGGACUCAAGUUCUCUGCAAGACAGUGAUGUGGUGCUGCAGCCACUUAGGUCUUUGACAGAGUCUGUUGCCCAUAAUCUUUCAGACUUCACAGAGUUGGCUCAAAAUGGAGAAGUUGAACAUUAUGGUGCAUCAGUUCACCAGUCCAACAAGGGUGCUUCUGACAAACCGAGAGUGCUUCCAUUGACUCCAGAAACAGCCAGUCUUACUGAGGGAAGAAUGGAAAAUCAAUCACAGUCUGAAGAGAGCGGUUCUGAGGAUAGUUUCAUUGAAGUGGAUGCUGAGCCAAGUAGUGAGUCUCAGGAUGAAACUGACCAAGAAAAAGAAACAGGAGAUGCCACGUCAAUGGCUGAAAAGGGAAACCACGAGGGUACCUCAGAGAGACUUCUGGAAGAUUCUGAUGAAGAUGCGAAGCUGACUGUACAGCAGAAUGUGGAAAUUAUAAGUGAGGAGGAGGAAGCCGUUAACGAAUGGCAGGAUAUUAGUAUGGAAGAAUUGGAAGUGUUAGAGACAAACCUUUCGGUCGAGCAAAACACACUCCGGGCUCAGAAACAGCAGCAGGAGCGUAUUGCGGCCACUGUGACUGGACAGAUGUUCUUAGAAAGCCAGGAACUUCUGCGCCUUUUUGGCAUUCCAUACAUUGAGGCCCCAAUGGAGGCAGAAGCUCAAUGUGCUAUUCUGGACCUCACUGACCAGACCUCUGGGACCAUCACAGAUGACAGUGAUAUUUGGUUGUUUGGAGCCCGGCAUGUUUAUAAAAACUUCUUCAGCCAUACAAAAUAUGUGGAAUAUUUUCAGUAUGUGGACUUCCAGAAUCAACUAGGUUUAGAUCGAAGCAAGUUAAUUAAUUUGGCGUAUCUGCUUGGCAGUGACUACACAGAAGGCAUUCCUAAUGUUGGCUUUGUAACGGCGAUGGAGAUUUUGAAUGAAUUUCCUGGGCGAGGAAUGGAGCCUCUUUUCCAGCUUACGGAGUGGUGGGCUGAAGCUCAGAAGAGUAAGAAGAUAUGUCCCAAUCCACACGAUACUAAAGUGAAGAAAAAAUUACGGCAGUUGCAGCUUACACCUGGCUUCCCAAAUCCUGCAGUAUCAGAAGCUUAUCUACACCCCGUUGUAGAUGAGUCAAAGGGAUCCUUUGUUUGGGGAAGGCCGGACUUGGAACAAAUCCGAGAAUAUUGCCAGAGUCAUUUUGGCUGGACCAAGUUGAAAACGGAUGAAGUCCUACUACCUGUCCUGAAACAGUUGAACGCUCAGCAGACUCAGCUCCGUAUCGACUCCUUCUUCAGACUUGCGCAACAAGAGAAACAGGCCAUCAAGAGUCAAAGGCUUCGCAGGGCUGUGACUUGCAUGAGGAGAAAAGAGAAGGACGAAGAAGAAAGUGAAGUCUUGCAGGCUACAACAGCCCUUAAGAAAAGGCAGGGGAAGCAGCAAGGUAUGACUGGAGCCCUGAACCACAGGGGCAAGAGAAAAAAACACCCACCCACCAAUCAGGAGAACUUUUUAGGGGGAGGUUUCAUAGGAGAAGUGCAGCUGUCUGAGCCAUCCAGUGGUUCAUCAGGUGAAGAAUCAGAGAAUGAAGCCUUGAAUAGGUGUUCCACGGGGAAGAACGCCAAGAUGCUCAAAACCAGCACUGUGAGUCAGGAUGUCAUUAUGAGUCAUGAAGUGCCACAAGAUGAAGUGGGGAAUAGUAGCUCCAGCGCAGAGGAGGAAGUGACUAUGGUGACCGCCAAGCCUGUUUUUGAAGGCAAAAAGGCAAAGGGCCAGUCUUCAAGAGGACGAAGAAAGAAAUAAUGUUGGUGAUAAAUAUGGGCACUUAUUGAAAGCUCUUUUGUAAACAGCACUAUGAAAUCUUCACUAGGACUAAUCAAUCCCUCUCUCCCACUUCUUUUUCAUUUGUAUAUAUUGGCACUGUUUAGAAGUGAUCUUUUUUAUAGCAAUCAUGAACUGAACUGCUUUAAACUUUAAGAGACUAAUGUUGGACUCUCUCCCUUGUGCACUGCUUGUCUAGAAAAUUCCUAUUAGAAUAAAAUUGAGUUCUGCCUUCCUU